AUGGAGAUGCCUACUGUUAUUGGACCUAACGGUCUGGCCCCGUUUACCAUCGAGGAACAGGCCGAUUUCAAGCUCACCACAAAGGUAAUCUACGACGUCAUCUCGAACUGCAAGAUGAUCAGCCUGGAGGAGAGCAUCCACGCCCCGGCAGCUGUGCGCAACGCUGCACGGGCAAACCGCCUUGCUGCCGAGAAUAUGGUGUCGGCUCAGAUGGCCGCUCGCCGUUCCGUUGAGCUUGGGAACUCGGGUGAUAUGCCUAUCCUUUAUGAUGCCUCGAAUGGCCAAAAUGCUAAGCAGGUUGGAAAUGGCAUCAAUCCACGUGCCAAGCCGUUCGUUCCCGCUGCCGUCGCUUCUGCUGCCAAAUCUGCCGGGCCCCAGAAAGGUGCUAGAAGACUCCGCCGUCGCAUUGCCAAUAAUGGUGUCACCCAGGACAUCGCUACUAACAAAAAGGCUGCAGAUACUCCCAUCGAGACUGGUGCUGGAAGCAAGUACGCAGGCAACGAUUCCACUGCUGGUUCUAAGUCGUACCAGGAGACUGAAUCCAUCGGGGAUGAGGAGUCCACUGGUUCCCUCAAGAAGCAGAGAGGUCUUACUGCCCCGGCCGACUUCAUGAAGCAAGUCCGUCUGCUCAACUUGCAGAAGAAAACGGCACCCAAGGUUGUGCCUGCUGGACCGCCUCGUCGAAUUGUCUUCGGAAACCUUCCCGAGUGGGCCAACAUUUCCGGUAUCCUGCACCUUGUUUACGGUGGUGCUAUCGAGCGCGCUUGGAGUGAGAAUGGCGAAGUCAUCGUUCAGUUUAUCGAGCAAGAGGACUGCGUCAAAUACUAUGAGAACCACUCUGGUGGAAUCAGGGUGAACGAUGGCGACGACGAGCUGAUUAUUUCGGUUGCUAUGCCCGAGGAGGGUUUGCAGGACCACGCUGAGCUUUCGAAGCGUGUCGAAGAGGGAGCGUCGCGUGUCGUUUGUCUGUCUGGCCUCCCCACUGACUUCAAGACUACUGAUAACGAAGAGAUCCUGGGUAUUGCCGCCGAUCCGGCCUGGGGUAGCAAGAGCUUCGACCACAUUCUGAUCAAGCAGGCUGAGUCUGGUGUGGAUGUCUACAUCUUCUUCUAUGACCUUCAUGGAGGUUGGGACUUCUUGCAAAGCAUCAAAGAUGGACCAUACGACUGCAUUGCCAACUUCGAAGUUGACCCAUGCGCUCGCGCCGAAGGCUUCCACUUUGUUGAUGAGCCUAAUCAGAUGUUGUCCAACAUUGUCAUCGAGUAG